AAGAAAAGAAAUCGAGCAUAAAGGAGGCCGACUUAGCUCUUUUGUCAUCAGAGGAAGAAGCAUCGGUGAAUGAAGAGAGUUCGAAUGAGAGCCCCAAGGAGGAAUUGUUGCAAUCGGAGGAAGAAGAAACGAGUGGAAGUGAACUUGAGUCGGAGAAAAUUGAGUUGGAGCUUCCAUCCAUCACAAUGAAGGACAAUACUAGCUCGUAUUCCGAAAAGGAGCUUUCCAAGUUCAUAUCAAACAACAAGGCGGAAGUUCUCUCCAUCCUCACCGAUAUAACCACUCAACUUCCCAAUCUGCAAAGUCAAAUCGAGAAACUCAAUUCGCUGGUUCAGUCGUUCCCUUCCUCCUUCACGAACGGUCUCUCCAUCUUAGACUUGAAGUCCCAGUUCCUUUUAUCCUACAACGAAUACCUUCUCGUGUACAUGGUAAUGAAGCUGGAAGGCAUCGACCUGCAAAGCCAUCCUCUCUUCGAAUCUCUCGUCCGCUUCCGCACCCUUCUCGAGAAGCUCGACCCCCUCGAGCUCAAAAUGAAAACCGAAAUCGACAACGUUUUGAACCCCCAAACCGACUCUUCUUCCCUCAACCCCCUCACCUUCAAGCCCAAUCUCGACGAUCUCGACUCCGCCUCCGACUCCGACUCCGACUCCGACAAGCCCAGUCCCUCCUCCUCUUCGAAAAAACAGCUCUACGUGCCCCCAAAGAUCGCUGCGGUUCCCUACUCCGAGCGCGACGCCGCCAAAGACGAGCAUCGGCGCGAGCAGCUCCGCGAUAAAAUCGCGUCGAACGCGUUCAUCAGCGAACUGCGGGACGAGAUCUCGGACCGGCCGCGCACGAUCAACAUGCGGAGCACCGGGGAUUUGUCGCUGGAUCGCGAGCUGAAGGAGCGGAAGGACUUCGAAGAGAGCAAUUUCGUGCGCGUAAAUCGGACGAGAGAGCAGAAAAAGAGGGAGAGGCAGGCCAGUCUGGCGCUGCAGAGGGGGCAGAAGAUCGGGGAGUUCGAUGAGUUCGAUUCGCUGACGCGGUUGGCGAGGGAGUCGGACAAGAUUGCCGGACAGAUCGUGGAUGAGGACGAGUUUGGAAACCGCGUGAAGCGGGUGCAGGUGGAUGAGAGACAAGCGAAGCGCGGUGGAAGACGAGGAAAGAAGGGCCGUCGGUAGACGAACAGCGGCUCGUUUGCUCAUCAAUUUAUUCUUUUUCGUUUA